UUGUCAAAUGUCCUUUACAGUUGUCAUCAAGUCGUGUGCUAUUUCUCAUAUCGUAUCCCGAGUGUUUGGCCGAAAGUUGACAUUGAGGAUGAUUUGCUGAAUGGUUCGAUGGGCGCGGAUGGAGAUUCCUUGUUUGUUGCUCUUUAUGAUUUCCAUGGAGUCGGUGAAGAACAACUGUCACUUCGGAAAGGCGACCAUGUGCGCGUGAUAGGACACAACAAAGCUGGCGAGUGGUGUGAAGCACAAUUAGUGGGUGUGCGCCAUUCAGGAGCCGUUGGCUGGGUCCCUUCUUCAUAUAUAACUCCUGCUAACUCGUUGGAAAAGCACUCUUGGUAUCAUGGAAAAGUAAGCAGGAACGAGAGUGAAUAUAUUCUUAGUUCUGGUAUUAAUGGAAGCUUCUUAGUUCGUGAGUCAGAAACUAAUAUUGGACAGUUUUCUAUUUCUGUUAGGCACGAUGGACGGGUUUACCAUUAUAGGAUUUCUGUAGACCAUAAAGAUUGGUUGUACAUAACUCAAGAGAGCAAAUUUAAAACUUUGGGGGAACUUGUUCAUCAUCAUAGUGUUCACGCAGAUGGGCUCGUUUGUACUUUGCUUUAUCCUGCUCCCAAAAAGGAACGACCUCCGAUGGUUUUCUCUUUGUCCCCUACUCAGCCAGACGAGUGGGAGGUGGAUCGUUCAGAAAUUGUUAUGAGAAAUAAAUUGGGUGGAGGCCAGUAUGGUGAUGUUUAUGAAGGCUACUGGAGAAAGCAUGAGAGAGUUGUUGCAGUAAAGACUUUGAAGGAAGAAGCUAUGGCUCUCCACGAUUUCCUUGCCGAAGCUGCUAUAAUGAAAGAUCUACAUCAUCCCAAUUUGGUUCAGCUAAUUGGCGUUUGUACGCGUGAACCACCAUUCUAUAUUAUAACUGAGUAUAUGAACAAGGGCAACCUUUUAGAUUAUCUCAGGAAAUGUGAUAAGAAGUUAUCUCCUACAGUUCUGAUGUAUAUGGCUACUCAGAUUGCUUCUGGUAUGGCUUAUCUUGAGUCGAGAAACUUCAUCCACAGAGAUCUGGCUGCUCGCAAUUGCCUAGUGGCUGAUGAGCACGUUGUCAAAGUUGCUGAUUUUGGUCUUGCUAGAUUCAUGAGGGAGGAUACAUAUACAGCACACGCAGGAGCAAAAUUUCCCAUAAAAUGGACCGCUCCAGAAGGGCUAGCCUACAACACCUUCAGCGACGUUUGGGCUUUUGGAGUGCUGCUGUGGGAAAUAGCUACAUAUGGUAUGAGUCCGUAUCCAGGUGUGGAACUGAACAAUGUAUAUGGUUUACUCGAGAAAGGGUUUAGAAUGGACGCUCCAGAAGGCUGCCCGCCAUCAGUGUAUCGGCUUAUGCUUCAGUGUUGGAACUGGUCACCAAGUGAUCGCCCACGAUUUAAGGAAAUUCACGCUAGUUUAGAGUCACUGUUUCCUCAGUCGAAUAUUGAUGAAGAACAGUUGGAACGUUCUCGAGCUUCCAAAAGACGUUCGCAACGACCAGGUCAUGUUCAUUCGAGUGUUAUUCCCGUCCCUUCUCCGAGGCUUUCUUCUGCACAGCAAAGACUCAGUACUGAUGAGCGGAAAGUACGAAGUUCCGCUAUGGUUGCACCUCCAAACAUUGAUUUUCCUCCUCCCCCGUCUAACCAUGAUCAUUGUGUUCCUUCUGCAUCUGUUGCGAUGGUUGAAGGUCCUCAGUCAAACACAACUUCAUUUGCGCGAAAUUUAGAUUCAUUAUCAUCUGACGUUGUCGUAUCUCCAUUGGCAGAAAAAAAUUUGCGAAAAGUUGUUAAUAAGUUUGGAACCAUGCCCAAAAAUGCUCGUAUUGAUGCAUAUCUAGAGUCAAUGCGGUCGCAGAAUGAUGUUGAGCAACAGCAGCAGCAAAACGUUCAGCCAUCUUCUGACUGCAGCGGAACCAUUUCUGAUGAUUCGCUUGAUGCGAAUCCAGUUCCUCCUUCUUACAAUCAUAGUAGAAUGAUGGAUCCAAUGUGUGAAAGCUUGAACCUUGGCCAGAACGAACUCCUUCAACAGCUGAAGCAGAGGUUGAAAAAAACUAAAUCAGAUUCACCUGUUGCUGCCUCUAGUCAAUCGGAGUCAAGUUGUGCAAGCGUCACUAGUCCAUCGUUUGAAGCUGCUACAAAUGAAGUGACUAACACAUCCCAAGUAGAAAGCAAGUGGAAACUACGUCCCAGAAACCAUGCUAGAUUGAAACUCGAUGAAAGUGCUAAAGAAAGUGAAGUUGCUAGCGAGAAGACGGGGAAGGAAUUUUCGGAAGAGGAAGAAAGUGAGUUACGAGCACGUAUUCGUCAAUUAAGGCAUGUAGAAAAAAAAGAUGCUGAAGAUGAACCGGUAGGUGCCGAAACCGCUCGCAUUCGCACUCUAGUGACUCAGAAAGUGGCGCCUUUACAGCACCAUCGGCCGUUUUCUAUGCAGGCCGCGGAUCUAAGCAGCGACUCGGAAGAAGGUGGCGAAAAUGCGGUUUCAUUGUCCCAGGAAAUGACUUUUUGGCUCAUAAGCUUAGUAAGACAGGAGGAAAUCUCUACGACCCUACCUGUUUAG